AGCAUAAAUAAUUAUUUCCAAAAAAUCAGUAGUUUUAAUAAAUAUAUAAAUCAACAGUUUGAAAUGUACGGAAAAUCAUCUUGAAAAUUAUUAAAAGUUUUUAACAAAUAUUUAUAUACAUAUAAAGAGAAAAGAAGUGAAAAAAAUUGGUAUGGCCUGCAGUUGCCGCAUCACUUCCGGCGAAUCCCCUCUUUAGUUCAUUUUUUGUUCGUGUUGCUGACUUCAUAGUGAUCAAUGUUAACUGUGAUUGGUUUAUCUUUAUAGUUUUUGAGUUAUUUCAACACACUGUCCUUUUACACCAUUCUCUGAGUUUGCAGAGAAUGAAAAUGUCGACGAAUUGGUGGGGUUCGCUGUGCCACUAGUGACUUUCGCCUACCGUUUUAUCCAUAUUUUCGACCAAGAACUCAGUAAUAUCAAGAAUAAUCACCACAAUUUGCCGUUACAAAACUAAUUAAAUGUAAAAUUUUUCUGUAUCCUUAAGAAUCACAUGUAAUUCUGAUAUGUGUUGUGGUUAUUUUAUUUUCAUUACAAUAUUGAUAUAUCCGUAAUAAUGUUUGGUACCUUCUAGUGCUCUCCCGUGACUAAUAAAAUCUCUCAAUCACGGAAUUGUCAAAUUUAACGGGCCAUCAAAAUUCAUCAGUAUAUUUAUCAAUAAAUACUAAAACGAAUAUCUGUGUAUGUUUGCGUUUAGACAAGAGAGAAAAAAAACGUAAAAAAGAGAACAAGUGAAAACGACAACGAGUGAAAAGAAAAGAGAAUCUACGGGUGUGUUUUACUGUUUAGACUAAAUUACAAGAUAAAUAAUGGCGAUGCUCGGUGGUGUGCUCGGAAAGAGCGAAUUUAUUGUUGGUGGCAAGUAUAGACUUAUGAGAAAAAUUGGAUCUGGUUCAUUUGGUGAUAUUUAUCUUGGCAUCAACAUUUCAAAUGGCGAGGAAGUCGCUGUCAAACUAGAAAAUGUACGAGCACGUCAUCCCCAAUUACUUUACGAAUCAAAAUUAUACAAAAUAUUACACGGAGGCAUCGGAAUUCCACACAUUCGCUGGUAUGGACAAGAACGUGAUUGGAAUGUUUUGGUAAUGGACCUACUAGGUCCUUCGCUCGAGGAUCUUUUCACAUUUUGUUCACGGAGAUUCACAAUUAAAACGGUUCUUAUGUUGGCUGACCAAAUGAUUGGUAGAAUUGAGUUUGUCCAUUGUAAACACUUUAUUCACAGGGAUAUCAAGCCAGACAAUUUUUUAAUGGGCAUUGGCCGUCAUUGCAAUAAAUUAUUCAUUAUUGACUUCGGGUUAGCGAAAAAAUAUCGAGACACUCGUACGAGGUGUCAUAUAUUAUAUCGAGAAGAUAAAAAUUUAACAGGUACUGCGAGGUACGCAUCAAUAAACGCGCAUGUUGGUAUUGAGCAAAGUCGUCGUGAUGACAUGGAGUCACUGGGAUACGUCCUCAUGUAUUUCAAUAGAGGAUCACUUCCUUGGCAAGGGUUGAAAGCAGCAACAAAGAAACAGAAAUACGAGAAAAUUAGUGAGAAAAAGAUGUCAACUCCUGUUGAAGUUUUGUGCAAAGGCUUCCCAGCGGAAUUUGCAAUGUAUAUAAAUUACACCAAGGGUCUACGAUUUGAUGAGAGCCCUGACUACAUGUAUCUGCGGCAGCUCUUUAGAAUUCUCUUCCGUACUUUAAAUCAUCAGUACGACUACACUUUUGAUUGGACCAUGCUGAAACAGAAAGCAGGAAUCGCCCUCCCUGGAGCAGUAUCUGGAGUUACCGGUACAGUUGUUCCUGGACCACAAGGCCAAGGAGCGCCUUAAAACACUAACUCCGUGAUAGCACCAAACCCGAAAGCGAUCGAUGUGGUAUCUCAAUCAUGAUACAUAACCCAAUUAACCCAACGAACAACCGUGCGAGCCCGAGUCUCAAGUGCGAGCGACUCAUUAAGAUUUGAGAAGAUCAUUCAAGGACGAUUUAGAGAUAAUACUAAAUAAGUAAAUAAACGAAUUAAGCAAACCAUUAGGUUUGUUUUAUUCAAACAAUCAAUGGAUAACGGAUAGAUUUAAGGUUUAUCGAUUAAAUAAUAAUUAUUAAAAAAAGUUGUAAGACUUCUUCACUGAUAUUAUUUCAUUAUUACAUAAUUACUAAUAUACAUAUAUAGAUAUAUAUAUAUAUAUAUAAAUAUAUGUAUAUAUGUAUAUAUAUAUAUAUAUGGGUAGUCUAUGCCAAAUAGAAAAUUUUUUGAAAUUUGCUUUUUUUUUCAUUACGCUGGAGUUUUUUGCAUUGCAGUAUUCAUUGAAAAUAUUUCCAUUUUUUUUUUUUUACACAGAAGCAAAUGAUUUCUUGACACUAGAAAUUUUUACUUGAAGUAAUACAUUUUUUGCAUUAUAAAUUUAAAAAAAAAAAAGUUUUUGGAAUGAGAGAAAAUUUCUUGUAAGAAAUCUUUUUUUUCUGUGUAUUCCAUCUAAUUAGUUAUGAAAUGUGAACUUUACAAUAUCAGUUUUUCGAAGUACCUAAAUAAUAAAAAAAAUAUGUCCAAAAUUAUUUUGUAUUUUUAAUUUUUGAUAUUUAUGUUUAAAUCGUUUCUGUCAGAAUAAAUAUAAUAAGUAAUUUU